AUGCCUGCUUUACGUAGGCCGAGAUGUUUGUAUUGUCCCAUUAGUAGAUUGGAGCCAGAUGGCGACCACCAGGCUGAGCCACUUGAUCAGGACGACCCUUCUAGAUUGGUCACUGGCUGGUCUUGCUGUGAUAUGUGUCAAAAUGUGGAGGAUGAAGAAGGGAGCCUGAGAUUCAACACAAUCCUAGAAGACAUUCCAAGGAAGAAAGAGAAGGGGAAACAUAAAGUUUGCGUAAGAAGGAGCACAAUCAAUCUCCUCCUCGGAGAAAAGCAGCAGCCUUUGAUUUGGAGUGGUGAUGUCCCUGCCAUCAUAAGAAUGAGAGCCCGCACGCCCCCUGCUGUACACCAACGCCGCCAGGUACCCGAACCCGAAAGGAAAGACUCAAUCGGAAUUGAAUAUUCAUUAUCAGAGGAUGAUGGCCCUUCAAAUUCAUUGGCUAGCCUGGCGGCUGCCAUCUGGCUCUAG